ACGGCGGGGGAGGAGCCGGGUCCACUGCCGGGUGGAGGGGCCAGGCGAGUGUCCUUAUCCUAGCGUCUGGGGCUCGGGCCUGUAAGCCAGUUGGAGUCGCGUCGGCGAGAACGAUUGGGCCGAGCGGAGGAAGACAUGUUGCUCUUCGUGGAGCAUUUGUAGGGUUAAGUGGCAUGGGAUUUCUGGUUCUGAUAGUAAAUAGCAGGUAACAUCUAAAGGAACUGGUUUAAAUCCUAAUGCCAAAGUUUGGCAAGAAAUACCUCCAGGAAAUACUGAUGCCACUCCAGUAACUCAUGAAACUGAAAGCUCUUGGCAUGAAACAGCAGCUACAUCAGGGUCUCAUCCUGAGGGUAACAGAGAGCUUUCGGAUGAUAUGUGUAAGGAAUAUGAAGUAAUGUAUUCAUCUUGUGAAACCACAAGAAAUACUGCAGGCAUUGAAGAAUCAACCAAUGGAAUGAUUUUAGGACCAGAAGAUCUAAAUUACCAAAUAUAUGACGUUUCUGGAGAAAGCAAUUCAGCAAUUUCUACAGAAGACUUAAAAGAAUGUCUGAAGAAACAAUUAGAAUUCUGUUUUUCACGAGAAAAUUUGUCAAAGGAUCUUUACCUGAUAUCUCAAAUGGACAGUGAUCAGUUCAUCCCAAUUUGGACAGUUGCCAACAUGGAAGAAAUAAAAAAACUGACCACAGAUCCUGACCUAAUCCUUGAAGUGUUGAGAUCCUCUCCCAUGGUACAAGUUGAUGAGAAGGGCGAGAAAGUGAGACCAAGUCAUAAGCGUUGUAUUGUGAUUCUUAGAGAGAUCCCUGAAACAACACCAGUAGAGGAAGUGAAAGCUUUGUUUAAAAAUGAAAACUGCCCCAAGGUGAUAAGCUGUGAGUUUGCACACAAUAGCAACUGGUAUAUCACCUUCCAGUCAGACACAGAUGCACAACAGGCUUUUAAAUACCUGAGAGAAGAAGUUAAAACAUUUCAGGGCAAGCCAAUCAUGGCAAGGAUAAAAGCCAUCAAUACAUUUUUUGCUAAGAAUGGUUAUCGAUUAAUGGAUUCUAGUAUGUAUAGUCAGCCCAUUCAAACUCAGGCACAGUAUGCCUCACCAGUCUUCAUGCAGCCUGUAUAUAAUCCUCAUCAGCAGUACUCUGUCUAUAGUAUUGUGCCUCAGUCAUGGUCUCCAAGUCCUGCACCUUACUUUGAAACACCACUGGCUCCCUUUCCCAAUGGUAGUUUUGUGAAUGGCUUUAAUUCACCAGGAUCUUAUAAAACAAAUGCUGCUGCUGCUGCUGCUGCUGCUGCUGCUGUGAAUAUGAGUCGACCAUUCCAAAAAAAUCGUGUGAAGCCUCAUUUUAGAUCAUCAAGUGGUUCGGAACACUCAACAGAGGGCUCUGUGUCAUUGGGGGAUGGACCACUGAACAGAUCUGGUUCAAGGAACUUUCCAACUGAACGACAUAACCCUACAGUAACAGGGCAUCAGGAGCAAAGCUACCUUCCAAAAGAGACUCCCACUUUGCAGAUGGAACAGAAUGGGGAUUAUGGUAGGGGCAGGAGAACGCUUUUCAGAGGACGAAGACGACGGGAAGAUGACAGGAUUCCAAGACCCCAUCCUUCAGCAACUGAAGCAAAGACUCCAGCACCAAAGUUUGACUUAUUAGCCUCAAAUUUUCCUCCUUUACCUGGAAGUUCAUCAAGAACGCCAGGUGAACUUGUUUUGGAGAGUAGGAUGUCUGACGUUGUUAAAGGUGUCUACAAAGAAAAGGAUAAUGAAGAGUUGAGAGUUAGUUGCCCAGUGCCUGCAGAGGAUGAACAGACAGACUGCACCUCUGCCCAGCAACUCAGCAUGACUACCAAUCCUCCAUGUACAGCUGAGCUUUCUGUAUUAAGCACAACUCAGCAGGAAAAGGAUCUAAUAGAGGAUUCCACUGUUCAGAAGGAUGUUCCCAACCAGACAACUAUACCAGUUUCUUCCCCAAGUACUGCAAAGCCAUCAAGAACAAAUACUGCUUUACCAUGUAAUAAUAACAUAAAUGUAGCUGUAGCUGUGGCCCUGCAGGAACCCCGCAAGCUCAGUUAUGCUGAAGUGUGCCAGAAGCCCCCUAAAGAGCCAUCUCCAGUUGUGCAGCCACUUCGAGAACUUCGCUCCAAUGUAGUGUCUCCUACCAAAAAUGAAGAGAAUGGAGCUCCUGAGAAGUCCUUUGAGAAAACACAUGAGAAGUCAGAAGCAAGAGCUAGUAAGGAUUACUCUGGCUUCCGAGGCAAUGCCAUUCCCAGGGGAGCAGCUGGAAAAAUCAGGGAACAGAGACGCCAGUUUGGCCAUAGGGCUGUACCUCAGGGAGUGACUCGACGUAAUGGCAAAGAGCAAUACGUGCCACCCAGAUCACCAAAGUAAAAAAAAAAACAAAAAACAAAAAAAAAAA